AUGAGACACACAGACAUCAGGGAAGAGGACAAUGCUUCCACAGUGACACAAUUUCUUCUUCUUGGAUUUUCGGGCCUUCCUAACCUCCAGGGCUUUCUGUUUGGGAUGUUUUUCAUAAUGUACUGCAUUAUCCUAAUUGAAAAUAGCUUCAUAAUUGUGAUAACCAGGCUUGAUCCUGCAUUACACAAACCCAUGUAUUUUUUCCUGGUUAACUUUUCAUUUCUUGAAAUCUGUUAUGUAUCAGUCACUCUCCCUAGGAUUCUGUACAGCAUUUGGACCCAGGACAGAAACAUUUCUUUUCUGGCCUGUGCCACACAAAUGUGUUUCUUUCUAACGCUGGCAGCCACUGAAAGUAUUCUUUUGGCCGUGAUGUCCUUUGACCGCUAUGUGGCCAUCUGCAACCCUCUGCACUAUCCUAUGGUCAUGAACCCAGCAAAGUGCACACAUUUAGCACUAGUGUCCUGGUUUGGUGGUAUGCCAUUCCAGCUCGGGCAAACCUGUCAGAUAUUCUCUCUACAUUUCUGUAAUUCUAACCAAAUAGACCACUUCUUCUGUGACAUACCCCCUGUACUUAAGUUGGCCUGUGGAAACACGUCUGUUAAUGAGCUGUAUGUAUAUAUAGUUGCUAUCUUGCUUGCUGCCAUUCCUUUUAUGUUAAUACUAUCAUCUUACAGCAAAAUCAUUGCCACCAUCCUGAGGUUGCCAACUGCUGAAGGACGAGCAAAAGCCUUCUCCACAUGCUCUUCCCACUUGGUGGUGGUGGUUUUGUUUUUUGGCUCUGCAUCUAUUACUUACUUAAUGCCAAAAUCAACUCAUUCUGCAGUAAGUGACAAGCUGCUCUCUCUGUUCUACACCAUUGUGGCUCCCAUGUUCAAUCCCAUGAUAUACAGCCUUAGGAACAAGGAAGUGAUUGCAGCUAUGAGAAGAUUAUUGCUUAGAACAUAG